GCCUUUCGUCUUCUGCGGUGGAGCUCGUGAAGCCUUCUCGCUGAGAUCUGGAGCUUUCCUCCAGCUGUUAGAGGGAAAACAAAGAAAAGAAAGCUUAUUUUUCUCUUGCAAUCUCUUGAUAUAAUUCGCGGCUUACAUUUUUGGGUGGACGUGUUUUCGAAAAUUUAGUAGAGAAGUGAAAAGUGAAAAAGUUUUAACUUAACAGCAAAGGAUCCUUUGAGAGUUUUGUUUUGUCCUCAUUUUUAACUCUUAAGCAAACCCAGCCCAACAUGGUGAUGUUCAAGAAGAUCAAGUCUUUCGAGGUGGUCUUUAACGACCCGGAAAAGGUGUACGGCAGUGGGGAGAAGGUGGCUGGCCGGGUGAUAGUGGAAGUGUGUGAAGUCACUCGAGUCAAAGCUGUCAGGAUCCUGGCUUGCGGAGUGGCCAAAGUCCUGUGGAUGCAGGGAUCCCAGCAGUGCAAGCAGACGUUGGACUACCUACGCUACGAAGACACGCUUCUCCUGGAGGACCAACCAGCUGGUGAGAGUGAGAUGGUGAUCAUGAGACCUGGAAACAAAUAUGAAUACAAGUUCGGCUUUGAACUUCCUCAGGGGCCUCUGGGAACAUCUUUCAAAGGAAAAUACGGGUGUGUGGACUACUGGGUGAAGGCUUUUCUUGAUCGCCCCAGCCAGCCAACUCAAGAGACAAAGAAGAACUUUGAAGUGAUGGAUCUAGUGGAUGUCAAUACUCCUGAUUUACUGGAACCUGUGUCAGCUAAAAAGGAGAAGAAAGUUUCCUGCAUGUUCAUACCUGAUGGGCGGGUGUCUGUCUCUGCACGAAUUGACAGAAAAGGAUUCUGUGAAGGUGAUGAGAUUAACAUCCAUGCUGAUUUUGAGAAUACAUGUUCCCGUAUCGUGAUCCCCAAAGCUGCCAUUGUAGCCCGCCACACUUACCUUGCCAAUGGCCAAACCAAGGUGCUGACGCAGAAGUUGUCAUCAGUCAGAGGCAAUCAUAUUAUUUCUGGAACCUGUGCAUCAUGGCGUGGCAAGAGCCUUCGGGUGCAGAAGAUCAGGCCUUCUAUCUUGGGCUGCAAUAUCCUGCGAGUUGAAUACUCCUUACUGAUCUACGUUAGCGUCCCUGGCUCCAAGAAAGUCAUUCUUGACCUGCCUCUGGUUAUUGGCAGCAGGUCAGGCCUCAGCAGCCGGACGUCCAGCAUGGCCAGCCAGACCAGCUCUGAGAUGAGUUGGGUAGACCUGAACAUCCCAGAUACCCCAGAAGCUCCUCCUUGCUAUAUGGAUAGCAUUGCUGAAGAUCACCGGUUGGAGAGCCCCACUACUCCUCUGCUAGAUGACACAGAUGGUUCUCAAGACAGCCCUAUUUUUAUGUAUGCUCCAGAGUUCAGGUUCAUGCCACCACCUACUUAUUCUGAGGUUGAUCCCUGCAUCCUGAACAACAAUGUGCAGUGAGCGUGCGGAAGAAAAGAAGCAGUUGUACCUACCUGUUUCUUUUUAGCUCUCUUCCUGGACUCUUUAAUUUUUUAGAGACUCAACAGUCUCCACAGUGGGGUACAGGUCCACCCCAGCCUCUGACUCUCCAGUGUAGGAGGUGAUCUGCAGGCAAUCUCCUGGGCCUUAAAGGGUGCGCACUCAUCCUCAGCCAGCGAGAUGAUGUGAUAGAGUUUUUUGCUAGAUGGGUUUAAAAACACAUUAGAAAAAAAAUUAAGGCCCAUCCCAUUUUCUUGAAUCUCUUUGAAAAUUGAGGCAUUUUCAGUAAUUUUGAGUAAGGGGUAGAAAUGGCAUCCUGGAAUGGUGUUCCCACGGUUGAAUGGAGGGGAUUAUAUAAUAGAUAUUGUUAUAACAAUAGAUCUUGAACCUCUGCCAUGUGGAGGAGAGCCCAUUUAGAAAACUAAGAAAGUGAAAAGAAAAAAUGGUCAUGGCCAAAACUUUGGGAAAAGGAUGUUCUUAAAACCAUUGUUCCCCAUUGUUUGUACACUUACAGAAAAAAAAGAAAAGCCCUCCGGAAUUGACUGGGUUUGGACUUUGGAGCAAGCUUCCCCUGUGAAUUAAAGGGGAGGAACUCUUAAGUUUCUUUGUUUAGAAAGUAGUUUUAAUCAGUCAUAAAGCAGUAGUAAUUGUGCCCCACCAGAGGUCUUAAAAGCCAUUUUUAGAGCCUAUUGCACUGUGCACUGUGUUCUCCUGUUGGCAAACAUUUUUAUGUGGGAGAAUGUUUUUUUUUUUUUUUUUU